GAGCAGUUCUGAGCUGAGUUAAUCCACUAGGGCAGGAGAUGGGACUGAAGGAGCCAGCCGUGUAGGGAGAGUUCUGACUCAGACAGGUCUGCAGUAGACGGGUGUCAGACUGUCGGCCUUCCUGUCCGUACUUCCCCUCUCUGUGAGGAGACGGUAGUGGAGCCUGCCUGCUAAAGCUGGGCAGCCUGAAGCCCUGUGUGAGCUCCUCACAUUGUUGGAGGGCCUGGGAGAGCACUUGGCCUUGAGGAGGCCCAGGGACAGGAAGAGAGUAGAGAGGAUGGCACUGGAGCUGCCCCUCUGGUUUCCCUGUCACAGCUCCUCCCUGUGACCCAGAUAGGCCAAUCUGUCUCCAAAGAGAGGCCCUGGGGUGCUGGCUUCCCAAGCCUGAGCUAGAGGUCAAGGAGACUCGGAAGACUGUGUCAGAACACAGAUUGGCAGAAUCCUCACAGUGAGCAUGAGAGUUUGGGGGUGUCUCAGCAAGCUUUGACAGAUGUAGCAUAGCCACCAGGAGGGUCCGUGUGAGCCCAGCUCCCGGGGGCCACAUUGGAGGAGAAUGGGAAAACACGAAGGGAAGGCCAAGCAGGCUCUGCCGAGGAGAGCUUCCAGUCCAGGAGCUGUAGCUGGAAGGGUGGAGGAUAUCCUACAGAGGGGACCGUCCUGGCAGUGAGACUUGUGUUUACGGUGAAGACAGGGUAUGUCCUGGAGGUGGGCCAGCCGUGGGUCGCUGUGCUCUUUAACCUGAAGUAGGCUGAGCUGAGUGAGUGGGCAGCGGCCCAACCACUCUUUAUUGGCCUAGGAGCCCUUGGUUACUCAUUAACUCUGCGUUACGAGAGGUCUUCCUGGAACCUUUGGGGAGGAGGAACUACGCACUAUUGCAGCUGGGUGCCUCAGCUCCAAAGUAUAUCCCAUAAAGCACGAGCUCAAACGGGAAAUUUCUCGGAUUUCCCACCGAGACAUUAAAUUACUAGGGCUUCCUCAGCAAAGUCUUAGAAAAAAUCCGAAUACAAAUGUAGGGGAUUUUUUUUAUCUUGUUUGUUUUGAGACAGGGUUUCUCUGUGUAGCCCUGGAUGACCUGGAGCUCACUCUGUAGACCAGGCUGGCCUUGAACUCAGAGACCUGACUGCCUCUGCCUUCCGAGGGCUGGGAUUAAAGUCUCCCCGCCCUGAUCCACCAGCUUCCGCCCAAGCCAACCAGGAUCUGUCACAACUCGAGGUAGAAAUUCUGGUUUCCCUGGCCUGAAACCCACACUGGCUCUGGCAGGAUGGGUGCCUGGAGGGCCGCGCGCCCGUUCCAGCCAGGCUGAGCCUGCUUGUCUUACCCGGACCCCCUUCUUUACCUUGGAUGGCACCCUGAUUCAGGGUUUGAACACAGGACUUCUCAGUGUGGCUGGCUCAAGGGAACUAGUUCCCUAGAAGCCCUUUGCCCAGGGCCAGAGGUGAUCAGAGCUCUGGAGCGCGGGGCCAGGAGAUUCUAAGGGGCAAAAGUGGAAAGGAAUUUCCCCGUGAGCCAGAACCAUCUGGUGAUCAUCUCCAGCUGACCAUGGGCCAGGAUCCCUGGCGUCUCCUGGGUGUUCUUUUCAUCCAAUUGUUCCUACUGCCAUCACUGCCUCCUGCUUCCGGGAUUGGUGGGCAGGGGCCUAUGCCCAGAGUCAAAUACCAUGCAGGAGACAGGCACAGGGCCCUCAGCUUCUUCCAACAGAAGGGCCUCCGAGACUUCGACACGUUGCUUCUGAGUCACGAUGGCAGCACUCUGUACGUGGGGGCUCGAGAGGCCAUCCUGGCCUUGAAUAUCCAGAACCCAGGGAUCCCGAGGCUGAGGAACAUGAUACCCUGGCCAGCCAGCGAGAGGAAAAAGACCGAAUGUGCCUUUAAGAAGAAGAGCAGUGAGACACAGUGUUUCAACUUCAUCCGGGUCCUGGUCUCUUACAAUGCCACUCACCUCUAUGCCUGUGGGACCUUCGCCUUCAGCCCCGCCUGUACCUUCAUUGAACUCCAAGAUUCCUUCCUGUUGCCCAUCUUGACAAGCAAGGUCAUGGACGGGAAGGGCCAAAGCCCCUUCGAUCCUGUUCACAAGCACACAGCUGUCUUGGUCGAUGGGAUGCUUUAUUCUGGCACCAUGAACAACUUCCUGGGCAGCGAGCCCAUCCUGAUGCGGACCCUGGGAUCCCAGCCUGUUCUCAAGACCGACAUCUUCCUACGCUGGCUGCACCCCGACGCCUCCUUCGUGGCAGCCAUCCCAUCCACCCAGGUCGUCUAUUUCUUCUUUGAGGAGACAGCCAGCGAGUUUGACUUCUUUGAAGAGCUGUACACAUCCAGGGUGGCUAGAGUCUGCAAGAACGACGUAGGCGGCGAGAAGCUGCUGCAGAAGAAAUGGACCACCUUCCUGAAAGCCCAGCUGCUCUGCGCUCAGCCGGGACAGCUGCCGUUCAACAUCAUCCGCCACGCGGUCCUGCUGCCCGCCGAGUCUCCUCGCAUCUAUGCAGUCUUCACCUCCCAGUGGCAGGUUGGUGGGACCAGGAGCUCGGCAGUCUGCGCCUUCUCUCUCACGGACAUUGAGCGAGUCUUUAAAGGAAAGUACAAGGAGCUGAACAAGGAAACCUCCCGCUGGACCACGUACAGGGGCUCAGAGGUCAACCCGAGGCCAGGCAGUUGCUCCAUGGGCCCCUCCUCCGACAAAGCCUUGACCUUCAUGAAGGACCAUUUUCUGAUGGAUGAGCACGUGGUAGGAACACCCCUGCUGGUGAAGUCUGGCGUGGAGUACACGCAGCUUGCUGUGGAACCAGCUCAGGGCCUUGAUGGGAGCAGCCACGUGGUCAUGUACCUGGGUACCUCCACGGGGUCCCUGCACAAGGCCGUGGCGCCUCCGAACAGCAGCGCUUAUCUCGUGGAGGAGAUCCAGCUGAGCCCUGACUCGGAGCCGGUUCGAAACCUGCAGCUGGCCCCGGCCCAGGGUGCAGUGUUUGCAGGCUUCUCCGGAGGCGUCUGGAGAGUUCCCAGGGCCAAUUGCAGCGUCUACGAGAGCUGUGUGGACUGUGUUCUUGCCAGGGACCCUCACUGCGCCUGGGACCCGGAAGCAAGAGUCUGCAGCCUUCUGUCUGGCUUUACCCUGACUUGGAAGCAGGACAUGGAACGCGGCAACCCGGAGUGGGCAUGCGCCCGUGGGCCCAUGGCCAGGAGCCCCCGGCGUCAGAGCCCCCCUCAACUCAUUAAAGAAGUCCUGACAGUCCCCAACUCCAUCCUGGAGCUGCCCUGCCCCCACCUGUCCGCACUGGCCUCUUACCACUGGAGUCACGGCAGAGCCAAAAUCCCAGAAGCCUCUUCUACGAUCUACAACGGCUCCCUCUUGCUGCUGCCGCAGGAGGGUGUUGGUGGCCUGUACCAGUGUGUGGCCACUGAGAACGGCUACUCAUACCCCGUGGUCUCCUACUGGGUGGACAGCCAGGACCAGCCCCUGGCGCUGGAUCCUGAGCUGGCGGGGGUUCCUCGGGAGCGCGUGCAGGUCCCGCUGACCAGGGUCGGCGGCGGGGCUUCCAUGGCUGCCCAGCGGUCCUACUGGCCCCAUUUCCUCAUCGUCACGGUCCUCCUGGCAAUUGUGCUCCUCGCAGUGCUCAUUCUCCUCCUCGCCUCCCCACUGGGAGCACUGCGUGCUCGGGGUAAGGUUCAGGGCUGUGGGAUGCUGCCCCCCAGGGAAAAGGCCCCACUGAGCAGGGACCAGCACCUCCAGCCCUCCAAGGACCACAGGACCUCUGCCAGUGACGUGGAUGCCGACAACAACCACCUGGGCCCUGAAGUGGCUUAAACUGAGACACAGAUCGGGAGCUGAGCAGAGCAAGCCGCCGGCCAUGAUGACCAGGCACAGCGCCACUCUGACCAGGGUAGGAGGCUCUCCUGAUAAUGGGUGCCACCGACAGCACCCAGGAGGGCCUCCCCUGUGGUACUCUCCUCUGCAAGCACAUUGGGCUGUCUCCAUACCCGUACCUGUGCCGCGACAGGAAGAGAGAGACAGACAGGAGAUUCUUUGAUUUUGAUCGACCCCAAGAGCCCUCCUGUAACAAGCUUGCUCCCGGAGACCAUCAAAGGUGUGGCUGUCUAGGGUUCUGUGGUGACAAACCGAAGCAUCAGAGUGAACUGGGGCUAUUCCUGCAAACUCCAUUCUGAAAGCUGCCACUCUGGAAACAGCUGCUGCUUUGAACACCAGUCCACCCUCCUCCCGGGGUCUCCAAGAUUCUCUUCUGAGUUGGCCCCUUGUGUUUUCUCUUACCAAUCAUGCCGUGCUGUUUGGGAAGUCAUCUCUGAAGUCUAACCACCUUCCUUCUUGCUUCAGUUUGGACAGAUUGUUAUUGUCUCUGCCCUGGCUAGAAUGGUGGGCAUAAUCUGAGCCUUGUUCACUUGUCUCGUGUGGCUGACCCUUGACCUCUUCCUUCCUCCUCCCUUUGUUUUGUGAUUCAGAAAACUGCUUGUCACAGACAAUUUAUUUUUUAUUAAAAAAAGAUCUAAGCUUUAAACAAA